UUUCGUGAAGUGAAUGGAUGUCGCGCGUCGCUGCAACAGUAUAAUUCUGAUAUCCGUUGUGAGCGAACGUUGGCAAUAAUUAAUCGUUGAUUCAACCUGUGUGAUACCGUUUUGUUUACUUGGAUUUCUCAGUACAAUCCACGUAUAAGUGACAUCGAUUCCCUUCUGGUCGUGUUUUGUAAAACUAUUUUCACAAUGGUACUUUGACUGAGCAAUGCGACUUGUCUCCGAUUCGUAUACUGAACGCUUUGAUCCGUUGAUAAUAUCACCUGUACCAAUAACAGCGCUACAAAGUUGGGGUCGUAAAGACGAUCUGCAUUUCAAGCCAACCGAUUACUCAGCUUUGGAAGUAGCCCGGCAUCGGGUCAGUCCAUUCCCGGUAUCAGACAGUAUUAAUAACAGGUUCAUAAUAUGGGAAGGUGAUAUAUCGUUGCUGAAAGCCGAUGCAAUAACAAACACCACUGACGAAACGCUGACCGAAAAGAAUAUCAUUUCCGAUCGGAUUUUCAGUCGAGCUGGUCCGGGUCUCAAACAAGAAUUGUUAAAUGAAAUUAAAGAAUGUAAAACUGGAGAAGUUUUGGUGACACAUGGAUACAAUUUGCCAGCUAAGUACAUAAUUCAUACGGUUGGACCGAUUUACAGUGAUCGCUAUAAGACCGCUGCCGAGACGACUUUGCACUCUUGCUACAGAAAUAUUCUUUGUAAAGCCAAGGAAGUUGGAUUCAAAUCGAUUGCCAUUUGCGUUGUCAGUACAGUACAAAGAAAUUUUCCACCCGACAUCGGAGCACACAUUGCACUUAGAACAAUACGCCGUUUCUUGGAACAAUACAAAAACGAAACAAUCGUAUUGUGCUUGGAGCCGCACGAACGAGGCAUUUUCGAGGUUAUAGCCCCACUGUACUUUCCCCGGGACAAAUUGGAGGAGAGCAGUGCUUUGUGGCAACUGCCGAAAGAUAUUGGCGGUUCAUUUGGUGAACCACAAAUACAUGAUCGACAAAUCCGCAUAAUUCACAACCCACAGCAUUCCGUUAUGAUUGGAACCGAUGAUGAAUCGGAUGAAAAUCCACACAAUGAUUUGGAUGGUGGAUUGGAUAUCGACUACAAAUACUCGAAUGGUUUCAGUUUGAGUUCGCAUUUAAAUAUCGGCCAACAUUCGUUUUCGCAGAUGCAGGGUGACCUAGAUAGGCAACGGCUAUUGGGUGAUAGGCCUCGUGCUAAUUUGUAUGAGAAUAUUAUUGAAGAAGGUAUCGAGGGAAUAGAACAUCAAGAACGAUAUGAACGAUUACUACACCGCGCCCGCACCGAAGACCUAACCGAAGUAUCUGGCAUCGGUUGUCUCUAUCAGAGUGGCAUUGAUCGUUUGGGCCGGCCAGUUGUUGUAUUCUGCGGAAAAUGGUUUCCUGCUCAAAAUAUUGAUUUGGAAAAGGCUCUACUGUACUUAAUCUAUCUGCUGGAUCCGAUCGUUAAAGGCGACUAUGUCAUUGCUUAUUUCCACACGUUGACCAGUUCAAACAAUUAUCCGUCGCUGCAUUGGCUACGUGAUGUCUACAGUAUUCUUCCGUAUAAAUACAAGAAAAACUUGAAGGCAUUCUACAUCGUGCAUCCAACCUUCUGGACAAAGAUGAUGACUUGGUGGUUUUUGACAUUUAUGGCACCGGCAAUUAAAGCCAAAGUUCAUCAGCUUCCCGGCGUCGAGCACUUAUAUGCCGCAAUAACAAAAGAUCAAUUGGAAAUUCCAGCAUAUAUAACCGAAUAUGAUAUGGCAACAAAUGGUCUCCAUUACUUCCAACCAAUAACACAAAACUCAUCAAGUGAUUCUUAAGAUUUUAUUAUUCGUCGUUUGUUCAUAGAUUUUUCGAUUGAUCUGUUGGUCGACUUAUUGAUUAUAAUUUUAAGUAAAAAGAGAUCUAGUUCUUAUGAAUUUAAAAUAAAAUAAUAAAAAAAAAAUUAAAGAAAAAAAUGUAACAGAAAGAACCCGUAGAAACUAAGUAAUAAAAACCAAUUGUUGAUUAUCUUACUAACCUGCUUAGUUUUGGAAAGCCAAAUUAUUAGGAGAAAGAACAAAAUAUAAAUUUAAAAAAAACCCACUGACAAAAAAAGAA